UGGAGUAACGUGGAAUGUUUAAUAAGGUAUGGUGGUUUUUACUGGUCGGACUCGAGAUCAGAACAUAUGUUUAUAGUGCGGAAGAUGCUUCGUGUUUACGAAUCGAUUUUGACACCGCCACACUGACGUAUUUAAGUAGGUGUCUCAACUAUCAAGAAUUUAUCAAGAAACCGUACAGUAAUUCACUCAAUUUUGUUCCGUUUCGGGAAAAUGCUCAGUAUUACCUUUCCAAUUUGUGGCAGGGUGUUACCUGCGGAGAAACAGUGCAGAGUUUUAGUAUGAAUGGUCAAACCGAGUUAAGAAUGGUUUACAAUUUAUUAUUCGAUACCGAGGCAUCGCUUGAGGUGCGAAUCGUGGACUUGGACAGAAUUGAUAGUGAUAACAAUCCUACCGUUGUUAUUCGAUGGAAAACAGAACAGUCCACUAGAGGAUGGGGACUGUUCAGAGAAAUGAUGGAUAAACAAGUCAAGCGUGCUAAGGUUCAAAUUGAAGCCAUUAUGGCGGCCGAUGGUGAUGUUGCGAUAGAAUAUUUUACAGUUUUCAAUUAUGAAGUUCAUACUGAUGAUUGCCUGAAGGUUGAUGAAUUCGCCACCACGACAACGCGUCUUCCGACAACAACACCGUUGAAAGUUACUAGUUCUACGCCAACUACUAGUAGCAGUGUAACAACGGUGACCACUACCUCAAGAGAUCCAACAUCUAUAAAUCCGACGACAACAUAUGUUAUAACCAGCACAUCUCUAACAACUAAUGAAACUUCGUCUUCAAUUGCAAGUACUGUUCAAACAACUUCUAGCACAGAGUCAUCAUUUGAAGACGAAACCUCAACGAUAACCACAAACUCUCCGAGAGAUGAAACCACAACUCAUUCGACUGAAAUAAUAAUCACACGAACGACAACUGCUCCAUUUUUCAGUACAGUACCGUCCGGAGAAACCGAUGUAACAACUCCAGAAUCGGUUGUCAUGGCUCAAUCAACUGGUUGGAUUUGGAUUGCGUUAACUGCUACAUUUGCAGUGUUAUUUUGUCUUGCUACAAUCAGUGCAGUAUACAUCUACGCAAUGAACAAACAGCUUCAGAAGCUGCAUAAAUCAUACUCUUUAAAGGACAAAAGGCGACGAUAGAUCAGUAGGAAGCAUAAUAUAAAUAGCACAUAGUAUUAGAUUAACUGAACGGAACAAAUAUUAUGAACAAUACGUAUGUGAGCGAAUUUU